AGGAUUGAUGCAUUACAGCGCGCGACUCCUUGACACUUCAGUCUGCCUGUGAAUGCCUGUGGAUCUGUAGGCUAGGACUGUAGGGCUUUGUUGAAAAUUUCAAGAAAAACAAGAGUGGCAGAGCUUCAGGAUGCAAGCGAUCAAUUUGGACACGUUCAGCCUGUCGCUGUUAACCGCCAAAGAGGACAUUGUGAACGGCCGCGCAUCCACAGACUGGGCAUUGUUUGCUUAUGAGGGAUUCACCAACAACUUGAAGCUCUUUGAUUCUGGAACUGGAGGCUUGAUAGAAUUGGCCCAGAAGUUUCACAUUGCCAAACCCAUGUAUGGACUGUGCAGGAUUACACUUCAUGAAGUGGGACAGCCACAGAUAGUCCUAAUCUGCUGGGUUGGAGAGGAUGUGGACGAGUUUCGAAAGACAGAAUGUGCAAGUCAUGUACCUGCAGUCAAAAGCUUUUUUAAGGAAGCCAACGCUUUUAUCCAUGCCUCUAAUAAAGAUGAAUUGACUGAGGAAAAGAUUACAGCUAUUCUGGAAAAAGUUCGACCACCAAUGGAGAGAUUUAGAAGAAACUCAAGACAGACAGAGAAAGAAGAGACAGUGGGAACAAACUACAGGAAAACAAACGCUGCACUGGAGAUGAGACGGAUCAACAGAGACACCUUCUGGGCACAUGCAGAGCGUGAGGAAGAGGAAAGAAAGGAGGAGGAAAGGAAGAAGGCUGCAGAGGACAGGAGACGCCGGGAGAGAGAGAGAGUUCUCAAGGAAAGAAAAGAGGCAGAGGAGAGAGACAGAAAGAUGAACGAGAAACUGCAGAUGAUCGAAGAGCAAAGGAGAUUGGAUGCCAAACGUCAAGAAGAAAACAGAAGACAUGAGAAAUCUAAAUGGGAAAUGCAGCAGAGAGAGCAUGAAGAGGAGAUGAGGGCUCGACUCAGACGCAGCGAGUCCAUAGAGAAAGCAGCCGAGGCAGCAGCGCUCAUUUCUCAGCGCUCUCUGAACCCACGGGAGUUUUUCAGGCAACUGUCACAGAGCUCCAUCAGCCCUGUAUCGCCAAGCACAGGAGGUAAACCUCCAUUCCGUCGUUACCAGCGCAGUUUGACAGACACUGCCUUCAUCUUUGAGAGAGCCAGUGCCAGUAGCGGACCCACUUCACCACUCAGCCCAACUGUUACCUCCCCCUUCUCUCAGACUCCGACGAGCCCCUUCAACCGAUGCACGUCACCGCCAAGUCCAAGCUUCCGUCCAAUAACAUCUCCCCAAAGCCCUCGUGCCCCUGUCAGGACUCCUCCCACACCACCCAUUACUGAGUGUUCUGCCCCACCCAUCUCCUCUCUACCCAGCCUGCCAGAUUCCAAAGCUUCUCCACCUCUGUCCACAAUUCCUAGUCUUUCUGAAGACCAGGUCCCUAUUGUCCCUGAAUCUUCAAAUUUGGUCCAGAGUGAAUCGACCAGUGUUGUGAGGGAACAGGAACCAGUCCCAGUUACUCCAUCUGCACCCCCGCCUGAGAUCCCAGCUCCAUUAAAGGAAUCUGUCUCAGAGCACCUUAUUGACAUCUUCAUGCCAAGUGAGACAGAUGAAGAGUUAAACAUCGUAGUUGGCCCAGAAGUAAAAGCAGAAGAGGCUCAAUUACCAUUAGAGGCAUGCACCAUCUGCCUUCCACCAUCAGAAACAUCCACCAGCUCUCAGGAUCCAGCUGUGGCAGAGCAGGCUGUCAUGCCACGAUCGGAACCCUUUGCGGUUUCUCUUCUUAUUGAGGUGGAAGAACCUAUAGAGGAGGAAGAAGAAGAACAAGAGGGAGCUGAAGAAACAGCAGAAGUCGAGGAACAAGCGGAGUCUGAAUCAUCAGCCAGUGAUGAACCAACCCUGAUGGAAGAGAUUCACACUGUUGUUAGAACUGAAGCAGAGGUCUACGUGGAGGAGUCCAAGAACUUUCUGAUUGAAGAAGAAAUCCCAGACCAAAAUGGCAUAUGUCCUCAGAAUGGUACAGCCAAAGAAUAUGAUGAUUCCUCCGACCACAGCACACCAGACAAGUGUACUUACAUUGUCAAUCGCGAGGACACGGACGAAGAAGAUGGCCAAAGUGAAGAGGCAGAGAAUGUUCAGUCGUCAGCAGGGGGACCGCUUCUGCGUGUGCGAGCGCUCUAUGACUACCAAGCAGAGGAUGACACAGAGAUUUCCUUCGAGCCUGGGGACAUCAUCAUGGACGUGGAAACAGUUGACAAAGCUUGGUGGAGGGGGCUCAGCAAAGAUGGCCGCCAAGGUCUCUUCCCUUCUAACUAUGUGGAGACCAUCUAAGGACUUCAUGUUUCUUUCAGAGACACUUCUCUGUCUCUUAGAUGCAGUACCGGUGCUCAGGGACCAAACGUUUUGAGGUAUCCAGCAGAGGGAGCUAAAAACAAAACAGGCUCCAAAUCUUAUGGCUGUAACAGUGAAGGUACUAAGAGACCAAUGGGAUGAGAGAGACAACAAAAUGAUCAGAGAUCGGUGCUUGGGCAACAGUCAUGUGCAUGGCUGAGACAGGUUGCUUGACUUUAUUGUGAAUUAUCUACAAGAUAUUGUUUUUGUAUAUUUUUUAUUUCCUUUGAUUUGGCUCAGCAGUAUGUUUGACUCUUGGUUAUGUUUCUAACACGGAAGUCAGUCAGGGUUAUGAUUCCGGCUGAUUUAUGGCUUUGUAAUGCUAACGUUCGAUAUAAAAACUAUAAGCCUUCAUUACAGCUGCAUUUAGAGCAUGUAUCGUUCAAUUGUUUGUUAUCAGGAUGAUACCUGUAUUACUUAUAAAGUCUCUACAGUGCUGCUGAGCAGAUUUUGAUCCACUUGUAUAUGUAUUUACAUUAGGCUUGCAAGGUCCCAUUUUAAACAACCGAAAUAAACAGUGUAAUAAUAAACUGAAAAAGACAAGAAAAUACGCAUUCGCAUCAUUUCACAGUUAUAGAAGGCGUGAUAAUAUCGGCUGCGCAGUCAGGAACUGCUCGCUGCCAGUGGCAGGUGUGAAAACUCUGGGUGGUUCGGUGGCAUGAUAUUAACAAGUUACUUGUCCAAUACCAUACCAUGACAGAUGUUAAUGAACUCAAGAUAGUCACCGUGAUCUAAUGUGGAGGUGCAUGGUAUGGAAAGAAGAGGGUGGGGUUUCUAAAUGUGCCACUUAAUAUUAGAGCGUAUCAUACACCUGUCAGUGGCACAUAUGUAUUUUAUUGGGGAGGAAAAAGUUUUUGUUGGAGUGAGAAUUUGUACUAGGGUACUCUUGCGAUUAGAUGCCUUUGUAAUCAUCAUGUAGGAAUGAUAAAAUCUUUAUAUCGCACACAAAUUGUUCUUCACACAGUAUUUUCAGAGUAAUACUCAGGUGAGAUGACUUCUUACUAACCAACACCUGACUGAGGUCAUAUAAUGCAUAUAAUAUCAUUUUCAUUAGUACAGCUGCACUGCUGUGAUACCACACGUACAACAAAACAAGCGAAAGAAUUUGAUUACAGAAAUAUGACAAAUCUAUUCACUUAUCUCUCUAGCAUGAAGUUUACCAGCACAUUAUCCAUUUUUUUUAUAUAAUAUACUGGUAUGUAAGGAUUCAUUAGAAUUGUCCUCGAAUAUUUUACACCUCUUGACCACCUAACAGCUUUUCACGUCUCACUUUUUUCAUCACUUAAUUAAAGAUCUGUAUCUUGUAUUUAAUUUUUAAUUUUUUGUUUGUUUUUUUAGUAUUAGACAGAUGGAUUUUCAUCUUUGCAGUGUUCAUCGCUUCACAAAUCCUUUUUUCAUCCUGGCACAUUACCAUGCAGAUCAACAUUUAAAUGUUUAUGCAGGGGAGUUGUGCAAUUGUUAUGAAAUUAGUAUUAAACAAGUAAUUUUUUUUUUUUAAAGAAAUUCCUACUUUUUUGUUUUACCUUUUCAGUCAUUGUAAUGUACACAGUUGGUUUAGAGUAAAUAAACGACAACAACGCAAGCUAGCAUGUAUUAAGCAAAAGGACACUAUUAUAGCUUUGUGCUGUUAUAAAUAAUGAAUAAAGGGGAGGUGUUUAAUGCUUUUUCUAUAA